AUGUCUACGUCAACUUCAGUCCCAGAAGAUUUCCUUGCGGCAGUUGCAGCAAAGCACUCGGCGCCGUUAUGGACGGUGCUCAGCAAGAUGGUGCCGCCGCAUCCUAACCCCAAAGCCUCAGCCGAGGAAUGGAAAUUCGACGAACUAAAGCCCCUGCUGAUGGAAGCCGGCCGUAUCGUCGGCGCAGAGGAGGCCGAUAGACGCGUUUUGAUGCUAGUCAAUCCUAGCAUGGAGGCUCCAUAUACUACAGAUACAAUCUACGCUGGUCUACAGCUUAUUCUUCCCGGGGAGACUGCGCCAGCGCACAGACAUGUAGCAUUUGCCCUGCGCUUCAUAAUCGAAGGUGAAGGCGGCUUCACUGCGGUGGAAGGCCGCAAAAUCUCCAUGUCUCGCGGAGACCUGAUCCUCACUCCAUCAUGGCACUGGCACGACCAUGGUAAUGAAGGAAACAAGCCUAUUAUCUGGCUUGACGGGCUCGAUUUACCUCUCUUCAGGAACGUCCCGGUCAACUUUGCGGAGAAUUAUACCGAACCUCGGUACCCUAGCCAACCUGUUUCAAUUAGCUCCCAAUCCUUCCCUUGGCAUGCCGUCCAGAAAGCUCUGGAUUUCGGAACAGGUCCCUACGCUCUCUACCACUAUCACCGGAUUGAGGGGCGACACCUUUCAGCAUCUAUCAGCGCCCAAGCCGAGCGAGUGGCCGCAGGGCACACCACAAAUGCGACUCGUGAUACGUGCUCAUUUGUCUAUCACAUCCACUCAGGCUGUGGCACAACGCGUAUUCGAGCCGCGGAUGGAGGAGAAAAGGUGAUUCAAUGGAAGGAAAAGGAUACUUUUGCCGUGCCCGCUUGGUCAGAGGUACAGCAUACCGCGGUGGAUACGAGCUAUCUCUUCGCCAUUAAUGAUAGGCCAAUGGUGGAGAGUCUUGGUCUACACAGGCAGUCAUCAUAA